CCACAGCAUAGUUUAAAUUCAAAGUUGAAACCGCUAGAACUUUAUUCCCGAGAAUGCCUCCACCGCCGCGGUCCGUUGGAUGCUUUCUCCUUUAAAGACAAAAUGAGAAGCAGAAUUAGCUCUUUGUUGAAAACCCGAUUUCAAAAUUUCUCCUUUUCUUCAUCUCCGCCUCUUUCUCGUCGUCCACAUCGUUUUCCCGCCACACUACCGCCAAAACCACGCCUCCUGCAGCUAUGCAAUGGCAGAGAACCCACUCAGGGGUUUGCUUCGUCUUUAGCCCUCAGGUAUUUGAGCACUACACCUUCCGAAGAAGAAGAUAUUGACCACCGAUCGAGCAAUGGAAACCACCUAAUCAACUAUGAUACAAGUGAGGAGGUGGAGCCAAUUGAUUCAUGGGAAGAAGAGGAGGAAGUUGAGCCUGAGAUUGGAGAUGGAGGUGAUGGUGGUGGCGUUGUAUUCCGAAAUUGUUCAUGGGGUGAGCAGGCAUUGUCCAUAGCUCAUGAGGUACUAAAGGAACAUACUGUUGACAUGGAGCUCUAUGCUUUCAAAACUUCUCCUCGAGGAUACAUCUAUGUGAGACUGGACAAACUUACAAAUGAAUAUGGCUGUCCAAGCAUGGAUGAAAUAGAACAUUUCAGCCACCAAUAUAAGAAAAGAUUAGAUGAAGCAGGGGCAAUGGGAGAAUUUCCGGAGGAUUUGGCUCUUGAGGUGUCAUCUCCUGGGGCAGAUCGGCUACUCAAAGUGCCUGAUGACUUGAACCGGUUCAAACACAUGCCCAUGAGAGUGAGCUUUGUGGAAGAUGAAGAAUCUCGAGCCCCUGAAACGAACAAGAUAUUCUUCCUGGAGUCCAUUGAUGCAGACUCGGGAAGCUGUGUGUGGAAGUUGGUUGAUGUCAAGGAAAACCGCAAUCCUUCUGCUAAAGGUAGGCCACUAAGCCGUAAACAGAAAGAUUGGAGACUAACACUGCCAUAUGCUAUGAUUAAACGGGUAACGUUGUACCUCCCGUGCUAAAUAUACCAUCCUCCCUCUUGAUCUGUAAAGUGCAGAAUGAUCUUGUAACUUGAAUUCCAUUCUGGAAAAUUACAAGUCCUCUGCAAAUCAGACAAAAAACAAUUUGCAUCAAUUAAUUUUUUUGGUUGGGCC